AAAGAUCGAGUUAUGUUCAAUGAACGCCUUUUGAGGAGUGUCUGAGGCAUCAAAGUAGAAUCACGGAGCUGGCAGCUGGGUCUGAAAUGGCCGUUGCCAAGUUUUCCAGCUGAACCUAAAAGGCCUUCUCUCACUUUCCCGCGCCCUGCCUCCAGCCCCAUUGAUUCCUCGCCGAGCUUUCUCAGGCCAAGGGCUGCAGGCUAACGGGAAAGGGCAAGGAUGGUGGAGGCUUUCUGUGCUACCUGGAAGCUGACGGACAGUCAGAACUUCGAUGAGUACAUGAAGGCUCUAGGUGUGGGGUUUGCCACUAGGCAGGUGGGAAAUGUGACUAAACCAACAGUGAUCAUCAGUCAGGAGGGGGCCAAAGUGGUGAUCAGGACUCAAAGCACAUUCAAGAACACAGAGAUUAGCUUCCAUCUAGGAGAAGAGUUUGAUGAAACCACUGCAGAUGACAGAAACUGUAAGUCUGUUGUGAGCCUGGAUGGAGACAAACUCCUUCAUGUACAGAAAUGGGAUGGCAAAGAAACAAAUUUUGUAAGAGAAAUUAAGGAUGGCAAAAUGGUUAUGACUCUUACUUUCGGUGAUGUAGUUGCUGUGCGCCACUACGAGAAGGCAUAGGAAGGUUCCUGCCUGGGCCUGGAGAAGCGCUACAGUGUCUCUGUGACUCAAAUCUCAGUGCUGCCCUGCCCUUACAGCGCGGCUGAUCGCGAAUUAGGGCCAUCCUUGGUCUGGAGGGAGAAAAUGGUGGUUGAAAAACUUAUUUUAAAAACUUGUUGCUUCAAGAAACUAGUCCAAUUUUGAUCUGCAAGUUUCUCAUGUUUUACAGUUUUCA